AUGGACUUCAAUAUGGAAACUGUUUCAGCGGGAAGGAUUGAUGGGCUUGUAGAGAAGAGCGCCCGUUCUUUCCGGCCUGCUCCACCAUUGACACCACUUCAGAGGUUUCUGGCCAGUUCGUGCCAUGGUGAACUUCGCCUCGUGAAGAGUCCCAUAGGCAAGCUGGAGCAGAAGGCCGAGAUACCUCCUGGUGCAAUAGGCGUUCCUCCGGAUGGGAUGUUGUUGAAUGAUUUCAGCUUUUAUGAUGAUGCUAAGAAUGCGAUCAUUAGAAGCAAGAAUUGUGGAGAAGGAAAUGGGGUGAAAGGCAGCUCAUCUACAACUGUUGCUGCAGCUUCUGCUGUUGUGAAAGGGCAAUGGACUGUUGAGGAGGACGGUAUGUUGGUAGGAUUGGUGAAGCAACAUGGCGUUCGGCAAUGGUCUCAGAUUGCUAAGAAGUUGGUUGGGAGGAGCGGGAAGCAGUGUAGAGAAAGGUGGCAUAAUCAUCUGCGACCUGACAUCAAGAAGGACACGUGGACUGAAGAAGAGGAGAGGCUGUUAGUCGAAGCGCAUAAGAAGGUCGGGAAUCGAUGGGCUGAGAUUGCGAAGCAUAUCCCUGGCAGAAGUGAAAACUCCAUCAAGAACCACUGGAACGCGACCAGGAGGCGGCAGAGCGCGAAGAGAAGGAGCAAGAGAAAGACGGCAGUGCAGGGUGGAAGAUCUCGACCCUCCAUUCUACAUGAGUACGUCAGGAGUAAGAUGCUCGAGCUCAGGGACAAUUGCACCACCAAGUUCGCCCCCUCUGCAGCCCCACCAAGCCCGCCGCACCAACACCAUAUCACAUUUCCGAACGUGCAAGAACCCUCAUCGGCUCUUGACUCCUCUAUAUCGACCGCAACCCAGAUGGAGGACCCCACGGCGUCCUUCAUGGAAGCAUUUUUCUUAGAUCGGUCGGCUACUGGGAGCGCAGAAGAGGGAGAGUUUCAUGUUGGGGAUGUUCAAGAACCUUGCAAGCUCGAUCCACUGGAUGUCUUGGACUUAGACGAUGGCGAUUAUUUGAUGGGGGGCGUGGAUGAAUGCAUUUCGCUGGCUCCUCCCCCGGCGCUUGACAUGUUUCAUAGCGAAGCCAACGGUCUAAGUACGGCUGUCUCGGAUGGUACUAUUAUCACCAAGAGUGCUGCACCUCUCUUCUCGGACAACUAUAUCUCCUAUCUGCUAAAUGGAGCACCAUCAUCUUCCGCUGAUGUGUUCGGGAGCGCCAAUACCGAGAUUCUCGAGGAUCAAACUUCGUCGAGUUGCAAGAGGGAGCUGGACUUGAUAGAGAUGCUGUCUUUGCAGUCGUCUCGGUCUCGGUCUCUGACUCAGACCAGCAGCAGCAGCAACACUAGUUACUGA